GAUCUUUACGCGGAUGGAAGAGUAGAAUAAUUGACAAUAAACACAUAUCGUAUGCCUCCGACAAAGUAAAGGUGGUUUGUGAAGCAGUUUCAGCUAUCACAUUAUCAAUGAUACAAUUUUCACCGGAAGGCGUAGUUUGAAGCUUUUCAGUCGCUGACAGCUGCCUUGACUCGAAGAAAUGGAGCAUAUCCGAACGCCAAAGGUGGAGCAGGUGCGACUUUUGGAUCGUUUCAGCAACAAAUCCACAAAUGGCACACUGUACCUCACAGCUACACAUCUCAUCUUUGUGGAGAGCAGCUCUAACAACUCAGCCUCUGCAGGACAGGAGAUCUGGAUUUUGCAUCACCAUAUAGCCUCUGUGGAGAAGCUCUCUCUGACCACCACAGGCUGUCCUCUGGUCAUCCAGUGUCGUAACUUCAGGGUCGUUCAUUUUGUGGUACAGAGAGAAAGAGACUGCCACGAUGUCUACAGCUCACUGCUGCGUCUCCUACGUCCUGUAUCCUAUGAGGAGCUCUAUGCCUUCUCCUACAACCCCAAACAGAAUGACCAACAGAGAGAGGAAGGAUGGCAGCUCAUUGACCUGGGGGCGGAGUUUGAGAGGAUGGGCGUCCCCUGCGACCAAUGGCAGCUCACUGACGUCAACAGAGACUACAAGGUGUGUGAGACAUAUCCACGGGACCUGUAUGUUCCCAUCACAGCCAGUAAGCCUAUCAUCGUGGGGAGUUCCAAGUUCAGAAGCAAAGGACGUUUUCCUGUACUCACAUACUUCUACCAGGAGAAAAAGGCAGCAGUGUGUCGAUGCAGUCAGCCUCUCUCUGGGUUUAGUGCACGAUGCUUAGAGGACGAGAGCAUGCUGCAGGCCAUCAGCAAAGCCAAUCACAACAGCCGAUUCGUCUAUGUCAUGGAUACCAGGCCAAAGUUGAAUGCGCUAGCUAACCGAGCGGCAGGUAAAGGCUAUGAGAACGAAGACAACUACUCUAACAUCCGCUUCCAGUUUGUUGGCAUCGAAAAUAUCCAUGUGAUGAGGACCAGUCUGCAGAAACUGCUAGAAGUGACUGGGACUCGCUCUCUCUCCAUGAGUGACUACUUGGUUGGCCUGGAGAGUAGUGGCUGGCUACGGCAUAUCAAGGCUGUUGUAGACGCAGCUAUCUUUCUCGCCAAGGCGGUGACAGUGGAAGGAGCCAGUGUGUUGGUUCAUUGUUCAGACGGAUGGGACAGAACGGCCCAAGUCUGUUCCCUAGGGUCCUUGCUCAUGGACCCUUACUACCGUACAAUGAAGGGCUUCAUGGUACUGAUAGAGAAAGACUGGAUCUCCUUUGGUCACAAGUUUGCCGACAGGUGUGAUCAGUUGGAUGGGGAUCCCAAAGAGGUGUCUCCUAUCUUCACUCAGUUCCUGGAGUGUGUCUGGCAGCUGACGGAGCAGUUCCCACAGGCAUUUGAGUUCAGUGAGUGGUUCCUGCUGCAGAUCCAUGAACAUGUCCACUCUUGUCAAUAUGGAAACUUCCUUGGCAACAAUCAGAGACAGAGAGAAGAGUUGCAGCUCAGAGAGAGGACACACUCACUGUGGGCGUUUCUAAUGAGCGAAAAACAGAACUACUUGAAUCCAUUCUACAGCCCGGCAUUCUCUGAAUUGCACCCUGUGUUGGAGCCUUCCACCCUGCCUUACCAUUUCAAGUUCUGGAGGAACAUGUACCACCAGUUUGAUCGGUCCAUGCAUCCACGUCAGUCUAUCCUUAAAACCAUUCUGACUCUGAGAGAGAACAGCCGCAAGGCAGAGAGCACAUUGCAAGCACUGGAGAGUAGGCUCCAACAGCUCGGUGUGACCCCUGUUGCAACCUCUGAACCCCCUGCCCCUCCUCCCACUAGAGAUCAGCACUCCAACUCCAACACCCUGCCACCACGUCCCGACUCCCUCAUCCUGGGGGCACCUAUAAACCACAAAGAAGUGCAGCGGCAGGUGGAGGAGGAUGGGCAGGAGGAGGUCGGCGAGGAGGCCACAGAGAGCACCGACACAGAGCGGACAGUAGAAGGCAGCAGUGGCACUGAGAGCAGAAAGCAGAGCUACGGAGAGCUGGAAGGGACAUACAACAGCGAGCUGGCCAAAGAAGAGCCAGCUGUUGUCAGUCUGGAGUUUGGAGUAGCACGCAUGACCUGCUGAGAUCAAACGAGUAUUGUGGGAAACUGAGAGACAGGUGACUGAGAGAGAAGGCUUAGAAGUGUGUGCAUGUUAAGAGGAAGCUGUCAUUCUGUAUGUGAUUACGUACUGAUUACGCAGUGGUCCUGAAUGGGCCGAGUGGAUGAAGUUGUAUGUCUGUAUAGUCUAAAUCUCUAUGGAAAGCCUCAUUAUUAUGUCAUAUAUAGCACCUAUAGGAAAAAGGCUUGUUUUUUUAUGAAUGUUGAAAAGCACUAUAGGGAGGUAAUGAAUAGAAAAAGAGAAUAAAUUCAUCAAAAAAAAACAGCGAGUCUUCUAGUUUGUGGCCUUGAUAUUCCAAACAUAUUUCUCCUCAUGAAAUCCCACACAAAAUCACAGUUUUUGGCAGCAGAAAUAUUUCAUUACAUCCAACAGUUUGAAUCCAACCUAAUCUGAAUGUUGCUUGUGACCUGAGCUCAUUUUGCUCCAGUCGGACAGAUUGAAAAAAAUAAGAAUCCUUAAUGAUGUAGAACGUCACUUCUACAUCAUUAGGGAUAUUCUAUGAUAGUAAAUUAAAUGCAGUUUGAGUUGUGUUUUUUUUGUGGGCUGCGGUCAUUUCUCUUAUUUAACCAUUGAUCUGACAACGGACCAGGUCCAGCUGUCCAACUGUCCCCUUUAUUGAUCAUUUAAUCCUAUUUUACCUCUCAUAUUGAUCAGAUAAUCUGACUUCCUAAUGUGCAUUGAUCCCAAAAUCCUAUUGGACUUCUGAGUCUGCCAUGUCAGUGGCUUAUCAUAUAUGACAGCUGACCGUGAUCAUGGGUCAUUGUCAUAUGUAGGACAUGAUUGCUGGACUUAUUUAAAAAAGAGAAUUUUACUGAAGUUGAAUUAAAACAUCAACUUUCGAAGAUCAACAAUAACCCAACACAGCACUUGCUGUAUAUCAGACUGUGUUACUUGAUAUGUAUAACAUAUAUAUUAUCAUUUAGCACUAUACAAAUAAAUUUAAUUGAAAAAUUGAAUAACCAGUACAGCUUACUGUAGCUGCCAAUGCUGGAUGUUAAAAUACCUUUGGAAUAAGCACAGCUAGAUAAAAUAUUGUUAUUGAAAAAAGUAAUGGAAUGGCUUUAGGUAAAAAAAAAAAUCUUAAGGUUUCUUCUUGUCAUUGCCACAUAUUAAAACAUUACUUUGUUUUAACUGGGUUAGGUUUACUGCCCUGGGGAGGUAGCAUGUGAAUUUAGGGCAAAAGUUCUCAUUUCUCAUUUAUUUUUGAGCCAGACUGUGUUAUUUCUUGACAACAUAAUAAUUCUGUGUUAAUUUCAGACUAUGGUUGUAAGUUUGCUUCAUAUCAAAGCUCAGAAAGGAUUUGAUCUUCAUUGGAUUUUAUUUACUGUACAGGAAAACAUUUUCUCAAUCAGUGUGCUGCAGAAAGACAGGAUGUUAAACCAGGAGGAUGUCAGGAUGAUCAGGGUCAAUGUGUAAUGCUAUGCAAAUUCUUGAUCAUAUACAUAAAUUUUGUUUGUACUGAGCUUUCCAUGGCAACUUCACAACACUAAACUCAGUUCAUUCUGCUGUGUUUUAUCCAGCCUGGGUGCUAUUAAAUACUUGGAAUUUGUGCUUACAGC